UUUAUAAUUCAUCAUAAUAUUUUGAGUCUAUGAGACAUUUCUUUCCUAUCCCUAUAAAUACAUCAGCAACUUUCCUCCACCCUGCAACUACUUAUCCAACAAUCAGUACAUUUGUCCAUAGAUGUCGAUCUUCCCCAGCUUAUUCGGUCGUAAGACUAACAAGCCAGCUGCUGCUUCCCAGGAUCCCAUGUCGCUUGACAUCUGGGAUGCCUGCGAAGGCUUCUCGAUUGCUACCACCACGCUAGCCCUUCCUGCAGCCUCCGCCGCCGUGAGCAUGGAUUGGAAGGAGACUGCGGACCACCAUGUCUUCCUGGCGGACUUCCCCGGAGUGAAGAAGGAGGAGGUGAGCAUCGAGGUGGAAGAAGAGAAGGUCCUCAAGAUAAGCGCCCAAAGAGCUAAGGUGAGCGAAGAGAAAGGAGAUAAGUGGCACCGUUUGGAACGCAACCACGACAAGUUCUUUCGCAGCAUAAGGUUACCUCAGGACACCAACACUGAGGAGAUGAAGGCCAAGCUGGAGAAUGGAGUGCUGGUGGUGACCGUGCCCAAGAAGCAGGACAAGAAGGCGCAGACUAGGCUCGUGCAAAUUGCUGGCUAAAGGCAUGAACAGCUAGUUAGUGAAACUAUAUAUAUAUAUGAGAUGGAGUGACCAAUCUUGCACUGUGGUGCAAGAGUACAGAUUUUAAAUAAACUUUGUGUUGUUUGCCAUGAAAAAGUAGUAUUGUCUCUAGGAGCUUGGUCUGCAUGCUCCACUUCAGAGACUGAAAGAAUGAACUAUGGACUCUGACUCA